AAUAAGGCGUCAAGGAGAAAAAUGGCCAGUGAAAACACUGUGUCCAACACUGAGCAAAGUCAGCACUCUCCAGAGCUGAGGAUUGUGUUGAUCGGCGGGAGAGAACUGCAUGGAAAGCCCAGUCGAAGAAGUGCAACUGGGAACACCAUACUGGGAAAAAAUGUGUUUGACACCAGCACAAGAACUGCCCAGAGUGUGGCCGGACAGCAGGAGGUGCAUGGAAGACAAGUCACUGUGGUUGAUACUCCUGGCUGGUGGUGGCACUAUCCACGAGAAAACACUCCUCUGCUGGACCAGUUAGAAAUCAAAAACAGUGUCUACCUGUGUCCCCCAGAGCCCCAUGCCUUUCUGCUCGUCAUUCCAUUUGGCUCAGUGUUUCCUGAAAUCUUCAAAAAGUCACUGGAGGAACACCUGCAACUUUUCCACAAAACAGUCUUUGAUCACACCAUUGUGCUGUUCAGUGCGAGCACCCCAUGCAGCCAUGAAAGAUUGAAUAAGUAUAUCAGUAAAUGGGCGGCCCUUCGGUGGCUCCUCCAGCAGUGUGGGAACAGAAAUCACGUCCUUGAUGUCCAGAACAGACUGGACAGCACUCAGGUCAUAACACUGUUCAGGAAAAUAGAGGACAUGGUUGCGAAAAAUGGUGGCAGGAAAUACAAAGUAGACAGAGCCACUGAGGAAACUGUAGAGAAACUGAAAGCAUUCGGUAACAGAGCUGCAAAUCGGUUUGCUCAAGUGCAGACACAAAGAAUGGAAUUCAAAGCUCUGACUGAGGGUGGCCUAACACCCCCAGCACAUUUGAGACUGGUGAUGGUCGGAGCACAAUGGUCAGCCAAGAGCUCAGCGGGAAACACCAUUCUGAGAAAACACACAUUUGCAGUUGAUUAUGGUAGGACAACAAGUCGCUGCAAGAUUGGACAUGGCACGGUAGCACAGAGGCAGCUCACGGUGGUCGACUCCCCUGGAUGGUUCUACAAUCAGAGCCUGCAGGACACCUCUGAGAUGGAUAAACUGGAGAUAGAGUACAGCAUGUGUCUGUGUCCUCCAGGACCCCAUGCAGUGCUGCUAGUGGUCGGCCUGUCAUCGGCUUUCAAUGCAUCCAACCAGAGAGCACUCGAGGAGCACAUGAGUCUCUUCAAGGAUGAAGUCUGGAGCCACACUGUCGUGUUGUUCACCAGAGGCGACUGGCUGGGAGUGAAAACUGUGGAGGAGCGUAUUGAGAGCAACAGACGUCUCCAGUGGCUCGUCGAGAAGUGCGGGAACAGGUAUCAUGUCCUCGACAACCAGAAGGGUGGAGAUGAAAAUCAGGUGACAGAGCUCCUCGAGAAGGUUGAAGAGAUGCUGAAAGCAAACAGAGGUUCUGUUUAUGAGGUUGACCUGGGCCGUGCAGAACAGCUGGAAGCAAGGAAACAAGCUCAAGAACAAAUGGCUCAAAGGAAUAUGCAGAGGGUCCAAAGGCAGAAAAGAGUACUAAGAGAGUUAUUCAGAGGAGAGGCACAAUCACUCAAUGACAUGAGAAUUGUCCUUGUUGGAAGAACAGAGUCAGGGAAGAGCAUGGCAGGAAACAGAAUAAUUUUUGCAGAGCUCUUUCAGACAUCUUUGAUGAAGAAGGAAUUCCAAGUUCAGAGAAGAACGACAGCGUGUGAAAAACAUCAAAAGAAUGUCGCAGGCAUUGACCUUACUGUUGUUGAAUCACCAGGCUGGGUGGUUACCAAUGAAACGGCGAAUGCACCUGAUUGGCUUCAGAGUGAAGUUUUGCGCAGUGUGUCCAUGUGUGCUCCGGGUCCCCAUGCUUUCCUUUUUGUCAUUUCCAUUUCCACAAGAUUUACAAAGAAAGACAAGGAGGCGAUAGAAGAGCUCUUGAUGCCGCUAAAGGAGAGGGUGUGGAGACACUGCAUGGUGCUGUUCACCUGGGGAGACUGGCUCGGGGACAGGUCCAUUGAGGAGCACAUCGUGAGUGAGGGGGAAGCUCUCCGCUGGCUCGUAGACAAGUGUGGGAGCAGAUAUCACGUUAUCAGCUCCCAUCGCUUUGGUGAUGGCUUCCCAGUCAUAGCGUUGUUCCAGAAAAUCAUUGACAUGGUAACACAAAACAGAGGCCGCCACUUCACCACUGAGGAGAAACAGAAGAAACAGCAGAAGCCAGUGCUUCCCUGGUUGGCAAGAAAGUCGACACUGACAGAGGAGGAGUGGAACAGGAGGGAGGAGCAGCUCAUCAAGCGGAUGCUGAAGGCCAUAGCAGUGGAUCCAGAGGAGCCAACGAAGCCAUCUAUGACGAAGAUGGGCAGCUUUGACGGUACCUUCGUUCCAAGCAUGAGUGGAGACAUUUCCUCUGAGGUUGGGAGUGUGCACUGGAGUCAUGGAGCCUGUGCCAAGGUGUCAGAAUGGUUGAGUCAGCGCAUCGGUAGCUCUGACAUCACUUCUGGUUUUGGCAGCAUGGGUAGCUCAGCCAGUUAUGUGGAGAAGAUGGAUGUGCUCUCUAUUGUAGAGGGAAAUCUACAACCAGCGGAUCGGUUUGCUCAAGAAAUAAGUAUGUUGGACACAGUUCAUCCUACCAAGGCCCUCAUGGACAGAGGAACCCAACGCAGGAAUUCUUUUUAAGGAAAAAAAAAAAGAUGUUGUUCACUAGUAAGAUGGAAUUUGAGGACAUAAUGUGGACGUCAUCUCACAUACUCAGGCCUAUCUAUCUAUCACCCAAUGGCACGCUUAUUCCCACAGUCUACGCCGGGUGAGUCAGACUAAUGUGGAUGCUGCUAGGACAAUUACUGGUGAUUGUGAUGGAGAUGAAAAAAAAAAUCACCAGCUGUCAGGUACUGU